GAUCCCUUGAAUUGUUGUGUUCUUGGUUGCAAGAUACAACCAUGGCGCUCAUCAACAGAGCUGGUAGUAUACUAAGGCAGACCGUGAGUAAGCACAUCAAUAAUGAUAUGUCAAUGGCAAGUCCAUAUAUCUGUCAAAUGACACGAUGCAUGAGUUGGAAAGUCUUUGUGGGAGGAUUGGCAAGGGCUACAAAUGAUACAAGCUUGCGAGAAGCUUUUAGCCCAUACGGGGAAGUCUCUGAAGCUAGAGUAAUCACAGAUAGAAAAACUGGCAGGUCUAGAGGUUUUGGCUUUGUUACUUUUACGGACUAUGACGCUGGCAAUGAUGCAAUCGAUGAUAUGGAUCAGUGGGAGUUGCAUGGUCGAACGAUAAGUGUGUGUUGGGCCAACAAAAGACCAUGACGUGGUGGCCUUCCUCGUAGAAGGAAGCUACAGGGACAUUGACGAGUGUUUGAAUCUGCUAUAUUAUGCAGGCGUUUAUUUUCCGAAUGUUGAAUCUGCAAUAUGCAAACUUUAUUUAUGCCUGUAACCUGUAAGCUACAGAGACAAUUAGUGUUCUUGGGGUUAACAGGAUAUAAUGAUUGGUUCCUUUUCGAGCAAAGACUUUUUUCUUUA